AUGACGAUGCUCGUAAAUCGGGCUAUAGCCGCGGCCGUAACGGGACUGCAGUACCUGCUGCUCUUCGAGGCUGUGCUACUGUCGGCUGUGGUCCUAUACGGGGCACUGUACUGGCUAGUCAUGCCUCUCCGCCUGCACGAUAAGCCCAUCUUCCUGGACUACUCCGACAGAGCAACGACAGGAAGUGCGACGGGCACGGUGGACUUUCUGGCGAGGCACACACAGUGGGACCCGUCCCCUCUCACCAACGUCGAGCGUCUCAACACAAAGGUGCUCAAAGCUGGGCAGCACUACAAAGUCGGUCUGGAGCUGCAGAUGCCUACGUCAUAUAUCAACAGGAGGAUCGGCGUCUUCAUGGUGCACACGACGCUGCUAGACGAGCAGGACAACGAGCUUGCCAGCUCGGCGCGGCCUGCCAUGCUGCCACACACAUCGGCGCUCCGCAAGGGCGUGGGCAUGAUGUUCGCUUGGCCGCUGCAUCUUGCCGGGCUUAGGAGAGAAGAGGAAACCAUAUACGUGGAUUGUAUAGACUACUACGAGGAAAACGCGCUUCACCCGUUGACGAAGGCGAGAGUGACUGUGUCGAGUGGUCGCGUACAGUUCUACAGCUCCUCGAUCAACAUCACUCCGCAGGUUCCAGAGGGAGAGCUCCUCCGCCUCAUCCGUCAGUCGUUUCCGUCAUUCCCGUUUCCUGUCGGCUACCUGUCUCUUGAGUCUUGCUGGACGGAUUCCGCGACUGAUGCCCGCCAACCCUUUUUACAUGCACAGAUUCAGAUCCCUUGUCCCCUCGCGACGAAGAAAUCUAUCGGUGGGGGUGUUUCCGUUGAGUACAGUGACUAA